UCUAUUUAUUUGCAGGCAGAAGAUGCUGUUAUUUACAGCAGAGUGAAGUGAGCAUCAGUCAGAAAAAGUCCCUGUUUACAGAAACGGAGCCAAGAGAAAGACAGGAUGGGCACUGCUGGAAAAGUUAUUAAGUGCAAAGCUGCUGUGCUAUGGGAACUGAAUCAACCUUUCUCCAUUGAGGAAAUAGAAGUUGCCCCACCAAAGGCUAAAGAAGUUCGCAUUAAGAUUUUGGCCACAGGAAUCUGUCGCACAGAUGACCAUGUGAUAAAAGGAGCAAUGGUGUCUAAAUUUCCAGUAAUUGUGGGACAUGAAGCAACUGGGGUUGUGGAAAGCAUUGGAGAAGGAGUCACUGCAGUGAAACCAGGUGACAAAGUCAUCCCUCUCUUUCUGCCACAGUGUAGAGAAUGCAAUGCUUGCCGUAACCCAGAGGGCAAUCUUUGCGUCAGGAGUGAUGUUACUGGUCGUGGAGUACUGGCCGAUGGCACUACCAGAUUUAUGUGCAAGGGUAAACCAGUCUAUCACUUCAUGAACACCAGCACAUUUACUGAGUACACAGUUGUGGAUGAAUCUUCCAUUGCUAAGAUUGAUGCUGCAGCUCCUCCUGAGAAAGUCUGUCUAAUUGGUUGUGGAUUUUCCACUGGCUAUGGGGCUGCCAUUAAAACUGGCAAGGUCACCCCUGGUUCCACUUGUGCUGUGUUUGGUCUGGGAGGAGUUGGUCUGUCGGUCAUCAUGGGCUGCAAGUCAGCUGGUGCUUCCAGGAUCAUUGGGAUUGACCUUAACAAAGACAAAUUUGAGAAGGCCUUGGCUUUAGGAGCCACUGAGUGUAUCAGCCCCCAGGACUUUACCAAGCCCAUUAGUGAGGUGCUGUCAGAAAUGACAGGCAACACUGUGGAGUACACUUUUGAAGUGAUUGGGCGUCUUGAAACCAUGGUCGAUGCCCUGGCAUCUUGUCAUGUGAACUAUGGGACCAGUGUGGUGGUAGGUGCUCCUCCGUCAGCCAAGAUGCUCAGCUUUGACCCGAUGCUGCUCUUCACUGGGCGCACGUGGAAGGGGUGUGUCUUUGGAGGUUGGAAAAGCAGAGACGAUGUACCCAAACUAGUGACUGAUUUCCUGGCGAAGAAAUUUGACCUGGACCAGCUGAUAAGCCAUGUUUUACCAUUUAAAAAAAUCAAUGAAGGAUUUGAACUGCUCUAUUCAGGGCAAAGCAUUCGGACUGUCCUGACAUUUUGAGAUCCUAAGUGAAAGUUGGUGUCGUAGGAUGGUGACCUGGGGCUCUUCUUCCUACAGUUCUCUCCUCUGAGAUCAUGGAUAUGUCUCAAAAAUACAAGCAGAAGAUCUCAUAUAGAAUUUUUAUAAAGGUUAACAAUCCUCAUAAAAAUUUAAUUUAUGAGCGUGUGGGAAUUAGCAAGGGAUUUUCUCAAGCUGUAAUUUUAUAUUUUAAAAAACAUAUUUGCUAAAAUUAAGCUUAUUUAAAGUUGUGUUCAAAGGAUAGAUUUUUGUUGUAAAGAUUACUGUGAUCUUAAGUAAACAGGUGAUAUAUUAGAAAACUUAAGUAAAGGUUUGGGUAAAUUGUAAAAGGUAUUUAAGUUUGUAAAAGAGUUUUAAAGAAAGUGAAACUUGUAUCAUUGACUUGCUAUAAAUAUGGUUUUUGUAGAGGCUAAUUAGACAUUAAAGAUACAUUACUGUUUGUUUUGUAUUUUCCUUGUAAAACCUUAUAACUAUUGCCUGUUAGUGUUUUGUAGAAAUACUACUUCUAAAGAACAACCUGAAUUAAUUUAAGACAGUAAGUCAUCACCUACAGGACAGACAGGAUAUAAUGCUGGCCUCCAGUACUAAUUGACUCCAAUUAAAUGAAAAGGAUAACUGUAAAAUUAUAGAUAUUGAAGUUAUAAUCUGUUACUCCCACUGGUGAAACUGGUCCACUGGGUAUUUCAGUCCAAAAACCUGGAGUCCAAAAUCAAGGACACAAAAGGGCCAAGGAAAAAGCAGUCAACAUUUUGGUUCUUGCCCUCUAAGGUCAGCCAGAACAAUGGGACCUCUCUGAGUUCCCUGCAACUCCAGCGAGUCACCCCAUCUGCCAAUCAGGGAGAUUGACAGGCCCCUAGAGAUCAGGAAGCCAACCGGUGCAUUCUGCAAAGAAAAUGAUCAUGUCCCCAAUACUUCUAGAAUAAGCCACAUAUGGCCAGCAAGACCCUGACCCAUCCUGGCAGAUGGCACCACUGGUAGAGGAAAACUAAAGGAGUCAAGACGCUUCACACACAUCCCAAGAGUGAUCUCUGAGGAAUCUCAGCUGACUCUUAAGAGUAAAUAGGAACAAGGUCAGUUUUGACCAGCUUGGUCUUAAACACCUCGCAGGAGAGUAUAGCCAAAGCACAAUCCUAGAAAAAAUAAGUUUUUUUUUUAAAAUAUAACUUAAGAUAUACACUUGUGUGACCAUAUCAAAAGUAGGUAAAGCUGGAGUCUGUAAAGGGAGCAUUAUUGUGUAGCAGUGCCUAAUAAUAAUGAUCACAAAUGAUUCUAGAGGCACAGGUUUGUCAUGAAUCAAUUUGAGCCUGAUCUUAGACCUUCAAAAUCUUUCUAACCUCCUAACUAAAUUAACUUGAUCUGUUUUUCACUGAUACGAUUAUGAGUUACUGUCUUCAUAGUUUUCAGGGACUAACCAAAAUAAUAAUUGUGUUAAUUGUUUUUUAAAAAAUUAAUGCUUUGCUGUGUUGUUCAUUGUUGUCUUAGCUUGAUCCCUUGUCCUGUUACUCAUCAACUGCCACUAUGAACCUCUGAACUGCCCUGAUGCAGAAUACCAUUAACUGUCCAUGCCCCACCUGACAGAGAGCAAGGACUUUGGGUCACUUCCCACAACAUUGCCCUCUCUCAGCAGGGAGCAACUUGGAGAUGUAGUCACCCAUUUUCCAUAGAAAUGGAAUGUAGAAAUUGAUAGUGGGGAAAUCUAAUAGUGGUCCUCUUUAUGCUUUGAAUAUAGCUCUGCUCUGCCACAGUGUCUUAAUUUUCAAAGGACAUGUUUCUUUCUCUUCCUCUCUCCCUCCUCCUCCAAUAAAACUUCUUUUUCCUUUUUCUCACUCUCACACAAAAACAUACAUUCAAAUUUGUAUGAUGAAAUAAAGAUGUUUUUCAAAGAGUUUUAAUCAACUGCUAUGACUUAAAGCAGAUACAGCAAACAAUGAUAUGGUAAGUGUAUUUCCUAUAGUAAUAUUCAUUGAAUGCAUUGUAAUUAUUCUUGGGAUUUGCAUAUAAAAUUUUUAAAAACACUUGUUAUAAAUUAACAUGAAUUGUGAAAUCAGUUCAUUAUAUUGUACACAUUAUUUUAUUAGAUUAAGAAAUUGUGAAAAUUUAAGGGAAGGUACAUUUAUCAAUGCUUAACUUUUAGAAUUAUCAGUAUAUAACUUGGUGAAACUGGAAAAGUACAACCUAAGGGUAUAUGAGGCUAUCUGCCACAUGUAUUAAUUUCUUAUAAAGUAUACCUUUUUGUAAUAUCACUUAAACAUAAAAGCACAGGCUAGAGUAACAUUGCAACAUUGCAUUAUCAUAGUAUUCAAUUUAAUAAAGUGGAAU